UGCGGGGUUCGACGCAAGCCUGAACAAACUCUUCGUAAAACUAAGCUGCUCUAGGCUACUACGGCCAAAAACCAGUGCAUUGCUGCGGCUGCAGGCGGUUCGAACGUUUAUCGAUGGACACGGCACCUUAGUGACAGCUUAGAGCCAACUGCUCUCCUUUAGGCGCUCUCCAAGGCGACUCCAGCGCGACGCCGCGCAGCCAGCGCGACAGCGCGAUAGCGCGAGCGCGCAGUGCGUGCAGCCAUGCCGGAGCCGCAGCAAAAACCGGGCGGCUCCGUCGUCCUGCGCCUCGCGGGCGACUGCGUCGCGGCCGCGGCCGCGAGCGUCGCGGUGUCCCCCGUCGUGACGGCCAUGGACCGGGCCAUCACGCGCAACGCGGCCGGCGCGCAGCGGCUCUGGCCGGCGAUGUUCGAGGGCCUCGGCCAACUGAUCAAGCAGCCCAUACGCAAUAUUCGCAGUACGCCGACGAAGUGGCUCAUGUUGGUGUACAGCGCUACAUAUGCUGGUGCAAAUGCUGCCCACACUUUAUCCGUAUACCUAGGAAUAAAGCCGGCACUCCCCGUAUUGGCAGCAUCAACAAUCGGCAACAUGUCAACCGGCAUCGCCAAGGAUCGGGCGUUCGCGCGCAUGUACGGCGUGGUCGCGGCCAAGGGAAUGCCGCUGCCGUCCUACGGUCUAUUCUUUUCGAGGGACGUGCUGGCCAUGGCCUUCGUGUUCACGCUGCCGCCGUUGGUCACGCCGGCGAUCACCAAGGCCGUGGACGACUACAAUCUGCCGCUGACGCCGGCCCAGACGUCGCUCGCGACGCGCCUGACCACGCCGGUCGUCUCGCAGUUAUUUUCCACGCCCUUGCAUCUACUCGGCCUGGCGGUCUACAACAACACGGGCGGCGGCGUCGCGGCGCAUUUACAAACGCUGCGCGAGACGUACCCCGAGACCGUGACGUUAAGGAUGCUGCGCAUCAUCCCGGCGUUCUCCGUCGGCGGCGUCGUGAACGCGUCGCUGCGGGAGCGGUGGCAUGAUGCGCUGGAGCGGCGGAGUUUUGGUAGGUAGUAAUUCUAACAAAC